AUGAAGGACAUCGUAAUGACGAAGUGGAAGAAGGUUGACCCGGGGUUCCUGAAUAGCCUCAGGGCUGCACAGGAUCUCAUCAGCAACGCAAUACAUCAGAAUAGCGACGAGGAUGCUGUGGAACAUGAGGGAGAAGGAGCUGAUGAUCCAGAAGGCGACUGCACCGCCUCGCAUCACGCAAAGCUUAAUCAAGCAGCACUGCGAGAAAUACGAGAUUUGGAGGCUAAGCGCGCAUUGAUUGAGGCAAUGGUAGAUCGUAUUACCCAGCAGAAGGCAGAAAUGGAUAAGAAAAACCCGGCCUCGUGUACAGUAGAUGGUGAAAUGGAUGGCGGUCUUCGAUUGCCCCUUCCCGUUGUGGUCUUUGCCUGA